AUUUUCAGAUAAAUAUGCCUCCACCUUUAUUCCUAUCGGGUCCAUGUGAAAUUUGCGGGCAAAAAACUUCGGGUCGACAUUUUGGAGUGAUGAGUUGCAGAUCGUGUGCUGCAUUUUUCAGAAGAGCUGCGACGUGGAAAACUGAAAGAGCCGAUUGUAAGAAGGAGAAUUGCCAAAUUUUUGAACGUGGAAAAUUCUCCUGCAAAGUUUGCCGUCUAAAACGGUGUUUGGAAGUCGGAAUGGAUGCCAGUAAAUUCCAAUCCAAUCGAGACCUGAUUUCUUCUUCACAUUCGUUUGGAAAACCAAAAUCCCUAAACCUUCCCCAAUCCCUAUCAACAUUUCUCGGAAGACCUGCGUUCAUAUUGUGCUGUGAACCGGAUAAGACGUCGGGACGGAAAACUCUAAUUGAUGUAUCUUAUCUGGUGAAAGAGGGAAGAGAUCUGCUGCGGACGGAGCCCCAUCUCUCUCAUAUCCCUUAUAAAUUCAAUGACAGCUUGGAGAAGAUAUCGCUGAAACUUGAAAGUCUGCGCACCACAGAACUGAAUAAUAAAAUUCGGAUGCUUAAAAAACUCGGAAAAGAAGAAACUAUGUAUACAUGGGAGCAGGACUUCCUUAGAGUUAUCAAGUGGUUCGCAAAUCUUGAUGAGUUUAAUGACUUGGACGAGGAUUUGAUGCUCAACAUAGUAAAGGCUGCCUGGAUCCCCUGGACAAUUUUGGAGAAGCUUUACGAGACCUCUGAUUACCAAAGGAAAAAUAUUUUUAGCAAGACUGUACUGAUGUGUGGCAAUGAUACAUGUAUGGACAUGAACAACUACGAGCUCGAUUUAUCCUGGCUCACGGACUACUCGUUGGACCAGCUUACAUACUUUUUCACUCCACCAGAAGCGAACAAAAACUAUUUAAAAGGCCUUGAAGCCUUAAUCGAGCUGAAUCCAAGCUCCAUUGAGGUCAACUACAUGCUUCUUCAACUCUCACUCCAACACGCCGGGAAAAUUCUACUUGGCAGUGCGCAAGAGGCCACUGACAAAUUACAACAUGUUCUGGCGGAUAAUCUACAUAAAUACUAUGUGGAGACUGCGAAAAUCCCAAACUAUUCGAUUCGUUUGUCAAAAAUGAUGAAGAUCAAUAGAGAAAUUGAGCGGGAAAUGCGAGAUCGAGCCGAGAGAAAUCGAAUCGCUCGGAUUUUUGAUAUACUGAAAGUGGAGUUUUCGGAUUUGGACCUGAUUGAUGCGACUUGAGAAGAUUGCGUUUUUAUUGGGAAAACUAUGUGCAAUAGUUCAAAAAUGUUCCGAUCUCUCGAAGUCAAAGACAUUGUUUUAAAUUAUCAUUAUUUCCGGUGACUUUUACUAUUUUAUUUUUCAAUUCCAAAGAUAAUUUUUUUUGUAAACUUUUUGAAAUACUACCAAUGAAAUUGUUGAAAGUUUACCUUAA